AGAACGUAUCAUUAGAUAACUCACAAUCUAAUGCCAAUAUUGAGCAUUAUCAGCAAAAUCGCCCACCUUCAGUAGAACUACAGAGUCAGAAAGCUUACAAUAAGAGUCAGCAAAAUCAAAGAAACACUCAAAUACAUAACUCACCAAGCUAUCGUAACAGUAUCGGAUCCUCAACUCAUUCAUCUUUUGAUGCAAGUUUAUAUCAAUAUAAAGCACCACUACAAAUGAAUAGAAGGUCUACCAAUUCAAGUGCUCAAUCAAUUGAACCUGGAAUUGGUUCUUUUCCUAAGCGAUCUGAUAGGCGAUACUUUAAUCAAAAUCAUCGAAAUCUAACUGAAGAUGAAUCUUCUUCUUCUGAAGAUGAAUCUUCUUCUUCUGAAGAUGAAAUUUUUUCUUUGUUUGGUCAACAUUUUAAUUCAAGCCCAUUUAAAGGAUCAUCUUAUUCAACUACCCCGUUAAAUAUACAAAAUGAAAAAUAUGUUGGACCAUAUUCAGCCAUUCAUCGUUCAUUAUUGAUUAAGAGCGUUAUUCCAAAUAUAGUUAAAACACAUUCUGAUUGGAAUGGAAUAUCAACCAAAUUGAGACAAGCAUUUGAAAAUUUCUACAGCACUUAUAAUGAUGAUGUUGCCAAAUUGGCAACUAAAUUAUUAUUGUACCGAAAUUAUAGCAAUCCUUCUAACUGUGAUAUUGAAGAAUUUAUCACCGGCGCUGUGUGGGAAAAACCUCUUAAAAAAUACAUCGAUGUACUCGAUUAUGACAUUUUUAAAAACCAACAAUCAGGAGUAAAAGCAUUAGAAGCUUUUGUUGCUAGAAGUCUCAAGAUACACGUAGAAUAUUUAAUAGUGGAAUCUAAAGGAGAAGACCCUAAUUAUACUUCUAUAGUUUUAAAUCGUAUUAAAAAAUUGGAUAAUAUUACAAUUAAUAUUGCAUUUCUAGCAGCAAGUCAUUUUCAAUAUGCUAGUCAAUUGGAAUUUGAAGAAGAGCAAGAAAGGUUUGUAAAACAAUUGAAUACUAAUCUAUAA